ACAAAAUUCUAUGUUCCAUAAAGCUCGAUAAAAAGCUCAUUCUUUACGCCCCUAACUGAGCUCAGAAAAAUGCAAACCAACGCAGGUCUCAUGCUUCUGACUAUAUGAGCAUUCAAAUUUUGGAGAAUCAGAGCAAACCUUGUCAAUCUCGAAGUAUAGAGAAAUGAGUCUUCAAGUUUUCAGGCAUUGGAUCCCAACUGUCAAAGAUGCAUUUGAUCGAACACUAAUGGUGGCCAAAUUCUUCUGCGGCCUUCAUGUCACCAAUACUUUCCUCUGUACCUGUGCUCUGGCUAUGGGACCUAGCAUGCUACCCACAUUGAACCUGACAGGAAGUUUAGUCCUGGUAGAGAGACUAUCAAUCCGAUUUGGGAAAAUGGCUUCGGGUGACGUGGUCCUGAUUCGGAGCCCUGAAGAACCCCGAAAGGUUGUGAUCAAGAGAAUAGUUGGUGUUGAAGGUGAUGCUGUUGGUAACGAAGAGGCAACUGCUGUUGUGCCGAAGGGACAUAUCUGGAUAGAGGGAGAUAACAAACAUAAUUCUAGAGAUUCAAGGCAAUUUGGACCUGUUCCUUAUGGGCUCUUAGAGGGCAGAGUUUUCUGGGUGAUGUGGCCUCCUGAAGAUUUUGGAUCAGUGGGUAGAAAAGUGGAAAACAACAGCCUAGAAAGAUCCAAAGAAGGGUUUUCUGUCCAUGCACCUCUGAAAAACCAAUGGUUUAUUUUCACUCAGAUACAAAUGCAGCUCUUCCUCUGUGCUUGGGAUCAGAUGUUGUAUUAAACCACAGUGCAUUAAACCAGAUCUAUUUGAAACAUAUGGUGUUUAUGCCAUCACUGUACAAAUAUCUUUGUGGUUAUAAACUUGGGAUCCAUUAACUAGCUAUGUACAAAGUUCUGUUUUGUUUCUAUAGAGAUAAAUUAUGUGGUGGCUCAUUCAUCAAUGCAAACUUUAAAAGGGCAUGGGUUACACGUAAUGGAGGGUUUGAAUGUCUGUUUUAUGUUUGGUUGCACGCAUGA